GACCUCGGCCCCCGGCUGCCCCGAGUGCCCGGCCGGCCUUCCCGCUGCAGGUGCAGGGGCCUGUGGGGUCGUCCGCCUUCGGCUGCUCCAGAACUCUGCGCUCUCACUGCAGGCUUUCCCCCCGCGGCGCUGGGGACACUUUUCCAUUCCGACUGAGCUCAUUUGAGGACACGGCCGCUUGCUGGUGACCCGAUGGAAGAAGAAAAUGAAAGGCAUUAAGAAAAGUCUCACAGAAGAGUAUCUCUACCUGGACUUCUCUCACCAAGCAGGAGGACACAUCUUUCCUCUUCAUACGUCUGUAACUUUAUUUUUACUGUCGUACUGUGACUGCAGCCUCUUUAAAGUUUGCUUCGUCCGUACCAAAGAAGGUACAGAUAGUUCACUGCAAAGGAAGGCACUGUCCCAGGAUGUUGAAAUACAGAUUCUUUCAAAGGAAGACCUUCCACCCAUCGUGCAGAGUUGCUGUUUACCUGCAGUGGUGGAGCAGCCUGGCAACUUCUGUAGGGCAGGCCUUGCUGUUGUACUGAGACACAUCGUUCAGAAAUCAUACGAAGCAGAUCCCUCGAAGAAAGACAUCUUGGAACUUCUGGGUUUUAAAAAGACCUGCUUGAAAGCCUGUGCUGAAGUUAGUCAGUGGACCAGGCUGUGUGAACUCACCAUCCCUUUGGCUGUUGAGAAUUUUGUCAGAGAGUCUCCUGCCCAGCCGGAGGCCAUCCCUGCAGAAAUCCUCGAGUUAGAAAGAAAGCUGAGUGAGCCUGUCCGAGUGCAUAACGACGAUAAGCUCAGGAGGCAGAAGCUGAAACGACAGAAGGCCGCCGACGCUGGGCCUCCCCACGCUAAGGGAAAAGAGAAGAACAAGAGCCUCACGGGGGAGAGCUCCGAAGACUGGGACUCACCUCAGAGUCUGGAGCUCGGAGUGGCCUUCUCCAGGCUUGCAGUAGGGGAGGAGCCGGUGCCUGGCAGCAGGGAGCCUGCUCACAUUAGGAAAGCCAAGGCCUCGGACCUGCCGCCCCUGGAGCACGUGUUUGCCGAAGGCCUGUACUUCACCUUGUCCGAUAUCGUGCUCUUGCCCUGUAUCCAUCACUUCCUGGUAAUUAUCUGCAAGAAAUUUUCUGAGAAGCUAGUACAGUUCCCUCUUCUAACCUCUUGGUACCAGCGGAUUCAGGAAGUUCCGAGAGUAAAAAUAGCAGCUUCGAAAUGUGGGAUCGAGUUUCUGCAUCUACCAGAGUUAUCGACCAGCUCAACAGAGCAGCAUCCAAACUCCAGUGAGGUCCAAGGUCAAGAGGAACCAAACGAGCCUUUAUUUACAGGAGGACCGAGACCAACUAUGACCAAAUUGAUGGAAAAAGGCAUUGAAGUGCUGUUUUCUCCCCACCCUUGUCCUACGUGGACCCUUGAUUGGAAUAUUCUUCCUGCAGCAGUGAGCCCAAAGGAAGGGAAGAUGUCCAGUGACCGAGCUCUGAGGAAGCAGCAGCAGUUGAACAAUCUGGUGUAUGUGGUCAUCAGUCAGGCUAAGCCUGGGGACAGGAUUGUGGAUUUCUGCAGUGGCGGGGGCCAUGUUGGAAUUGUCCUUGCUCAUAUGUUGCCAUUAUGCCAGGUUAUAUUAAUAGAAAACAAGGAAUUGUCAUUAAUUCGUGCUAAAAAGAGAAGUGACGACCUGGGUUUAAGCAACAUUUGGUUCAUUCAAGCAAAUAUGGAAUAUUUUACAGGGGUGUUUAAUAUUGGGGUGGCACUGCAUGCUUGUGGAGUGGCAACAGACAUGGUGAUUGACCAUUGUGUCAAAACACGGGCUUCCUUUGUCACAUGCCCUUGCUGUUAUGGUUUCAUUCAGAACACCUCAAAGUUUAAUUUUCCAAAAAGUGAACAAUUCAAGAAUACUUUAUCAUACAAGGAACACAUGAUUCUGUGCAGGUUUGCAGAUCAGACAGCUGUCCAGCUGCCACCUCAACGAAGACUAAUAGGAAAACAGUGCAUGUGCCUGGUGGAUCUGGAUCGAGCAAGAGCUGCAGAAGAACAUGGCUAUUCCGUUCAAGUGAUCUCCAUGGAGCCAGAGAGCUGCUCUCCCAAAAAUAACAUGAUCGUUGGAGUCCCCAUGUAGCAUGAGACACGCACAUUUGAUGUGUUGCCAUCAGUCUUCACAGUGAAGCCCAGUGGCAUUCAUGAGGUUCUUGGCACAGCUAGGAAACAAUGUCAGCCUACUACAUUCAGGAAGGAAAGCAACAGGAAAAUUUGGGAAGAAAGACUGCCUGCAAAGCAUCACAAAUGCUGUUAGAAUGUGUGAGUAAAGCACAGCUGGUUUACACGGUGGGAAUCCCCUGGAAGUCUCUGCUGUCAACAGAACACUCCUCCCCAGGGGAGGUCCCAUCACUGGAACAGCAAUGUCCUGCUCAGUUUACAAGUUUCUCUGAUCUUACCAAUGUCAAAACAACACAUUUGCAGCUCUUCUUUUAUAAUCAUUUAGAUAGUCACGUAGAAACUUUAGACUCAGUGCGUGGGGCAUUGUUUGUUUUUAUAUUUUUACCAGCUGUACCUUUUGUAACUUUUUUAUAAAUCUGUUCAAAUAAUUAUCAUAUGAUUAUUUUAAAAUUGAGGUUAACUAAACUUUGUAUGCCAUUUAAUAUAGUCCUUCUAAAGAUAUUCCUAACAAUUUACCAAAUGAUACCAUUAUGGCUGGGUCAAAAAACAUGUUUUGUGAAGAGAUUAUAGAAUAAUUACAAUUAAUUUCCAAUUAUGGGAGCAUGGAAUUUAAACAUAAAUCCUAACUAAACAGAGAAGACAUUGAUUAAUUAAUUCACGUUUAUGCAUAAUUAUUGAAGAUACAUUAUUUACAAGACUCCGGCUUAGAUUCUUCUGUGAAUACAAAUAUGAGUUGCAAGAAACACAAUGCUUUGCCUGUGAAAAUAAGUCAUCUAGAAGA